AGCAGAGGCAACCCUGCUGGAGGAGCGGUGAUUGAAGGGAUAGCAGAGCCCUGGUGGCGACGACGGCCAUCUUAGAGCUGAACACCGUGGAUUCAUCCACCGCUUGUUCUUUUUCUUAUUAAACCUUCAAGAGAAGAACGACGGCAGCAAUAAGGGUGUGUCGGUUAAAAGUUUGCCGUGAUUGAGCUCGAAGUCGGGAUGCGAAUCCGAAGGAAUAAACUCUUUACAUCCACCGUCGGACUGGUCCUGGCGCUGGUGUGUGUGCUGGAUGCGGCUAAAGUCAACAAGCACAAGCCAUGGAUCGAGACCACCUACCACGGCAUCGUGACAGAGAAUGAUGACAAAGUGCUGCUGGACCCACCUCUAAUUGCACUGGACAAGGAUGCUCCUCUUCGCUAUGCAGAGAGUUUUGAGGUGACCCUCACUGAAGAAGGUGAGAUUUGCGGAUUCAGGAUCCAUGGACAGAAUGUCCCCUUUGAGGCCGUGGUUCUGGACAAGUCCACUGGCGAGGGGAUCAUCCGGGCCAAGGACAAGCUGGACUGCGAGCUGCAGAAGGAACACACCUUCACGAUCCAAGCAUACGACUGCGGAGAAGGACCUGAUGGUGCCAACAUGAAGAAAUCACACAAGGCCACUGUGCACAUCCAGGUGAACGACCUCAACGAAUAUUCGCCGGUGUUCAAAGCAAAGUCCUACAAAGCCACUGUCAUCGAGGGCAAGAAGUAUGACAGCAUCCUGAAGGUGGAGGCUGUGGAUGCUGACUGCUCUUUCCAGUUCAGUCAGAUCUGCAACUAUGACAUUGUGACCCCAGAUGUGCCCUUCACCAUCGACAAAGAUGGCUUCAUCAAGAACACAGUGAAACUGAAUUAUGGCAAAGAGCACAUGUAUAAGCUGACCGUGACUGCUUACGAUUGUGGGAAGAACCGAGCCUCUGAGGACGUUCUGGUCAAGAUCAGCGUCAAGCCUACCUGCAAACCAAGCUGGCAAGGAUUCAAUAAGAGGAUUGAAUAUGAGCCUGGAACAGGCAGCCUGGCUCUGUUCCCCAGCUUGCACCUGGAAACCUGUGAUGAGCCAAUCACAUCCAUCAGAGCCACGGUCGACCUGGAAACCAGUCACAUCGGAAAGGGCUGCGACCGUGACACUUACUCUGAAAAGUCCCUGCACAAGCUGUGUGGAGCCAGCUCUGGCACUGUGGAGCUCCUGCCAGCACCCAGCAGCUCCGCCAACUGGACGGUAGGACUACCCACUGACAACGGCCACGACAGCGACCAGGUGUUUGAGUUCAACGGCACCCAGGCUGUCAAGGUUCCCGAUGGCUUGGUGAGCACCAGCCUGAAGGAGCCCUUCACCAUCUCUGUGUGGAUGAGACAUGGCCCCGGGGCCCAUGAGAAGGAGACCAUCCUUUGCAACUCUGACAAGACAGACAUGAACAGGCACCACUAUUCGCUCUACGUGCACAACUGCAGGCUCAUCCUCCUCCUUCGCCAAGACCAAUCCGAGGCAGAGAACUACAAACCAGCCGAGUUCCACUGGAAACUCGAUCAGGUGUGUGACAAGGACUGGCAUCACUAUGUGCUAAAUGUGGAGUUCCCCACCGUGACACUGUUUGUGGACGGCACUACCUUCGAACCCUUCCUGGUCACGGAGGACUACCCGCUGCACGCCUCCAGGAUUGAGACUCAGCUCACUGUUGGUGCUUGCUGGCAAGAAACCUCAGGACAUGACAAUGACACUGAGACAGUCUCUGAGUCUUCCUCAGGCGGAAAUGCGCGUAUGGUCCAGUUUUUCCGUGGAAACCUUGCAGGGCUGAUGAUCCGCUCUGGAAAGCUGGAGAACAAGAAGGUCAUUGACUGUUUGUACACCUGCAAGGAAGGCCUGGAUGUGCAGCUGCCCGAGGAGGUAGCUUCCACUGUCAAGGUGGAGUUUAACCCCAACCAGUCAUCACUGACCAUUGAAGGGGACGACAUUGAUGCCUUUGACAAAGUCAUGCAGCACAUCUCCUACUUGAACUCCCGCCAGUUCCCGACACCCGGCAUUCGACACCUCCGCAUCUUCACCACCGUCAAGUGCUUCAACGAGGAGACCUGCGUGACCAUGCCGGAUGCUGAAGGUUACGUGAUGGUGCUGCAGCCCGAGGAACCCAAGAUCAGCCUGAGUGGCAUUGACCACUUCGCCCGCAGCGCUGCCGAAUUUGAGAGCCCCGAGGGUGUGACGCUGUUCCCCGAACUGCGCAUCGUUAGCACCAUCACCCGCGAGGUGGAGGCCGAUGCAGCAGAGUCUGAAGCCACAGAGAGAGCUGACGAUGAUCCCACAGUCCAAGAGACAGUGGUGUCCGAAGAGAUCAUGCACAACCUGGACACAUGCGAGGUGACUGCGCUGGGAGAUGAACUGGAUGCCGAGCACGAGGGCCUGGAGGUGGACAUGUACCAGCUGCAGCAGCGCGGCCUGGAGAUGAGCUCCUUCCACCUUGGCCUGGUCAUCACAGGCGUCAACACCAUGGCCAACUACGAGCAGGUUCUGCAUCUUAUCCGGUACAAGAACUGGCACACGGAAGCGCUCUUUGACAGGAAAUUCAAACUUGUGUGCUCUGAGCUCAACGGGCGCUACAUCAGCAAUGACUUCAAGGUUGAGGUGAACGUGAUCCACACAGCCAACCCUGUGGAUCACGUCAACAGCGCCCUGGUGCAGCCCAACUUCAUCAACCCCAUGCAUCAGGCCUCCGUGGACCUGUCUGGUCACAACCUGGUCAACGCUCACCAGGCAUCAGUGGUUCCUAGUGCGGCCACCGUCGUCAUUGUCGUCUGUGUCAGCUUCCUGGUCUUCAUGAUCAUUCUGGGCGUCUUCCGCAUCCGGGCUGCACACCAGCGCACCGUGAGGGACCAGGAGAACGGCAAGGAGAAUGAGAUGGACUGGGACGACUCGGCCCUCACCAUCACCGUCAACCCAAUGGAGACGUACGAGGACCAACACAGCAGUGAGGAGGAGGAGGAGGAAGAGGAGGAGGAGAGCGAGGAUGGGGAGGAGGAAGAUGACAUCACAAGCGCCGAGUCGGAGAGCAGUGAGGAUGACGAGGGCGGCGAGCAGGAGGACCAGCAGGGGGCCAGCAGACAGCAGCAGCUGGAGUGGGACGACUCCACCCUCACCUACUAGGACGCACACACACACACACACAUGCACACACACAAACACACACCUCUAAUUUGCACACCGUCAGAUGUUCAUCCUCGGGACAGCCACACAAGGAGAAAAGCAGGUUUGAUCAUCUUGGUGGCGCUACGGCUCGGUGUGGUCAUCACCGGCUUUUACAAUAAUUUAUUCCAUUUUACGUCACUAAUUGAAGAAGCCAACUGUGCACUUUUUAUUUCUCUGCCACACAAGGCUUCAAAAAAAUGUUCCCAUUUGUUUUGCAGCUAACCCCCCCUUCCCUCCCCCCACUGGUCAUCCAGUGAAUGAAUGCUUUUUAGCAAACGGAAUGCAUUUCCUUCUUUUUCUUAUAGUGCAUGAAGUCACGUGUAGAGAAAUACUUUUGCUUUUGAAAGAUGUUGUAAAUAUGAGGAAAACCAUGUAAGUAGUCGAUGUGUUCGUGAAGGCCUCCUCCACAGGCUCCAAUAUCCAAAAGAUUCACAUAAAAACAGCAAAAUAUUGGUGUCACGCAGGCUGUAGCAUGUUGCUCCAAUGUUACUGCUAACUUGUUCCGUCUGGUUGUACCAACGUGUCUGCUUUCACCGGGAGGGAGACCGCCAUGUUCUUACGGCUUCUGGUCCUUUUUGUCUUCAUGUAGUUUUUCCUGCUAGAUCUCACCGCUGUACAGACUGGAUUUAAACCUGGACUUUUAGACCGGGACAGGUCAGGUUGUGUUAACCGGCAUCGUUAAAUUCCUAGGAUUCUGAAAGUAGCUGAGAAAAGAUAAGUCAAAGUAAAAGCCUCUUGUGAUUGUGUUAAUUCUCCACGGUGCGUUUUAAUGUGAAUAAAGCAUUUAUAAGUGGUCUCCUAUUGCAAAAACAGCUCCACAUCUUCGUACUGCAGAGUCGGUCCAUGCCGUGUCCUCCUAAUAACUCAAAGCGGGAAGGUCCUUAUCAUCUUCCAAAAUGUAACCUUUUACGCUUGCUUAGGAUGUCUCUGGGUUUCAGAGGCCACCUUUCCUCCCAACGCCUUGCCAUGGCCCCCUGCUAGCCAAAUGUAGGGAGCGGAAUUACAGUAGUAGCUCCAACAAACCCCGCUUGGUCCAAUCAAUGCCAUGCUUUCUUCAUUUGGAAGAUGCUAGAUUUCUUACGGAAAUACAUGUCGUCUAAUCAUUAGACCGCGGCUAGUUUGCAUUUUCAUUUCUGCUUCUUCCGCAGUGGCACUGUUGGUGUGUAGCUGAUGUAGAUCCAUAUUGUAUCUCGCUAUAGAUAUCGUCCGAAAUCCACCUUUACGGCAGAUGUACAGUAUGUGGUGACUGACAGCAUACUGUAUGUCAGUAUACUGUUGCUUUUUGCUGGGAAAUGGGAAAAGUCCACUUCAGAGUACUCUGUGAAUGUGUCGGCCAUGCGGUUGGAGGACACAAAGAACAUGGCUGGAAGUCAGAUGAUCCAUUUACUGACAUCCACAACACGCCACCUUGUUUUGGCGAUUUUUCUUCUUUUUCUUUCUUCCCUUGCUCCAAAUGGAAAUGUUGUGGAAGGUUCCUUUAUGCUUGUUGGAGCUGCUCUCACUUCUCUACCAAUUGACAGGCAAAUUGUAGUCAAGUUGAUGCUUGCUCGUAAACACAAUAAAGGAUAGUGAGAUGGA